UGUGUAUAUUUUUGUCAAACGUCAGAGGAAAAUCAUUCCUCAUUGUCAAUAGUUGUGAUUUGUCAAUGGAAAAUAGUCAGUGUCUCGAUAAUCCCGUGAAAAUCGCUGAUUAACCGAUUGUCCGGACGGUCUCAGAACCUUGAACUGAGGAACGAGUGAAGAGAAAGUGAAAAUAAUCGGGAAAAACGAUAAUUGUUCAUGUCCUAUUGAUCUCGAUACAAGUAAUUCGUGGAAAAUAGUUUCCCCCUGGAUCACUGAGUGUAAAAAUCAGUUGCGUAUUUAUUGGAUAAUCUGGGGGAAAACGGGACGGAGAACGGAUGUGGGAGCACAUGGCCUUUGAUUAGAAGUCAGACUCUGGCAUCACAAGGACAAUUGCUAUCGACAUUCGAUUGCCACAAAUGGCGCUCCGGAUGAUGUCUGCGAUUGUCCCCAGUCCUUCGGACCUUCCACCGGAGGUGAAUCACCCGGGUGAUCGUGAAAAACUCCAGGAGGAGCUUCUCGCAGCAGCGAAAUGCUGUCAUGUGAGGUUCGGUGGUCGUAUGGAAUUGGCGACUGAGUCAGAUCAGUGUGUCUCCAGGUUGUGUCACUCAUUCGAGGCGAUAUUCCGUCAUGGAUUGAAGACCAAGGGAAUUGACAAGCUCAACCUGGCACUCCGUCACGUGUCAGACCUGGUGUCAGGCACAUCAAAGACUUCCCCAGACCCAGCAUUCUGGCCAUGCAUCAAGGAGCAGUUGACAUGGCACGAGCAGGAGCGCUUCAGCAUUUUGAAAAAAGUGCACACAGACUUUGGAAGGGGAAGGGCCUGGCUGCGGGCAGCCCUAAACGAGCGUUCCCUGGAGCGUCAUCUCCACUCGAUAAUAAACUCAGACACCCUGAGCCCCUUCUACGAGGAGUGGUCCUUCCUCCUUGACCAGGAGCGAAGCCAGGUAUUACCAAACGUAGCAGCUGGUCUGGGUACAAUCGUCUUCGCCAUCAGAAUCGACAACGAGGACCUGGACGACAGGUCCUGGAGUUCAGACCGGCGCAAUGGUACGUCCCAGAGCGAGCCCAUAAUCUCCUCCUCGGUAAUCAACAAUCCCGAGGGCUCUGGACGCAGCAAAAGACGAAUUCCGACGCAUAUUAUCUCAUUUGACGACGAAAUUGAGUCUGAUAACGACAGUAUUACUGGCUGUGUGUCCCUGAGUGCUCCCCCCACGUGUCUAAAUUCCCCAGGACCAGAUAAUCAAUUCUCAGGAAGUGAUCCUGUAGGUGUUGUCGCACCUGGAGACGCAGCUGACCGUGUUCAACACCAAAAAACGUCAUCUCCAGGAAAUUUGAGUACCUCCAUGGUGUCUCCAUCCAGUGGCACAGGUGGAGAGCACCACCAGGAUCAGACGACAUCCUCAGGUGCCUCAGUGCCCCUAGACACCUCGAAAAUAUCGAGUUCAUCGACCCCAUCUCCAGGGAAAAUCAGAGAAAUUGGGGAAUCCGAAGGUGUUUCAUCUCCUGGUCCACCUGGAGAUCCUCAAGAUGAUAGAGUACUUACUCCCCUCACAGAUGUGGGUAGCCUGGGAGGUCUUCUCCCAGUGUCUCCCCUGGACCAAACUCUCGACGAUUUUGUCUCAUCGAAUUAUCUUGAAUCCCUCCAGGAGUCCCUCAAGUCCGAUCUUCUAGAUCCAGAGCCUGCAAUCGAGGCAACUGAACCCCUCGGGCUUGAUCCUCAUCUUGAUCCUGGGGAAUUGGACGUCGAGUCCCUCAGGACGAGGCUCCUAGCAAUGGGUGAGGUCCUCGAAAAUUGUCGAGAGGACGCUAUCACCAGUCGAGUUCAGCUUGCAAGACUUCAGAGGCAGCAUCAGAACUAUCUUGAGAGGCACGAGCUCCAGGUGCAGGCGUUAAACAGGGAAAAUGAACUCCUGAGGCAACAGUUGAGGAAGUACGUGACUGCUGUUCAAAUGCUCAGACGUGAUUCGGAUUCUGUGCAGGAGGGGAGUGAGGAGGAUGGCGAGAGGGGGCUGGAUUAUCAUUUUGAGGCGCAACAGUAUCAGGAGAAGCUUGUCCAGGUUGCGGAGAUGCAUGCUGAGCUCAUGGAGUUCAAUAAUCGAUUGACUAUGCAGCUGGGACACAGGGAGAACCUGGUGAAGAGGCUUCAGGCUGAACUGGAGUGCCUCAGGGGUCCUCUCAAUGACAGUUACGAAGAGGGAGAGGGUGAAGGGUGUCUCAUUCACAUCUGGAUCCCCAGCGCGUUCCUGACAGGACAAAGUUCUGAUGUUCAUCAUGUUUAUCAGAUAUAUGUGAGAAUCCGAGACAUCGAGUGGAACAUCUAUCGUCGUUACGCUCAAUUCCACACCCUCCAUCGCGACCUGAAGAAGCACGAUGCAAUAGUAACGACAUUUGAAUUUCCACCUAAGAAAACAAUCGGCAAUAAAGACGCCAAAUUCGUUGAGAACAGGAGGCAGAAGCUGCAGCAGUGGCUGAGACGAGUCGUUGGCAGGCUAGCUCAGUGCUCACCAGCAUUUAUCAUGCGUCCCAGCAAGCAGACCCUCAUCUCGCUGAUGCCCUUCUUCGGUGAUCAUCCCAACGAGGACUCCAAGAAAAGCAACUCCGUGAGGAAUAACUUUUCAUCGUCACCUCAGUACAUGGGAUUAUAACUCUAAUGGAAUUUUAGAUAAAAAUUGUUGGCAUUGUAAAUAGAUUAGUUACAAUUUAAUGUAUUAUGUACAUACUCAUUAUUAUUCCCAUUGGGAGUUCAGUUUACGACGUUUACGAUAAAAGAGAGAUAAUAUAUA